AUGUCGUUAUUUCUGGACAAAACAUUAUUGCAGUUUCGAAAUGAAAUUUACACAGAGAUGAGUUUAUGUCACAAAAACAGAACUUCCAGAGGUGGCAGACGGUCGGGGUCAAAGGUGAAAGAACGUGCUUUAAAUUCGGGGUAUUCUGGUUUUCGAAGGGAACUUAAUGAAAUGGAGAGACGUCUUGACCAUCUUACCACGGAUUAUGUCGGCUUAAAGAACAGGCUUGCAACAUCACCAGCUCCUCAAAGAGCUGGACAAAUGGGAUUUUCAAACAAUGGACAGACAGAACAAGUUUCACCGUCUGUUUUAGAAAACGGUGUAAAUGACUUGAAAGCAGAAUGGAUUCUUAUGAAACGGGAACUUAUAGAUCUAACUGCAGAAAAUUCUCACAUCAAACAUGCCCAGAACCGAAUCCAAAAGGAGGCGAUUUCUCUCAACAAAUCUAUGAAUUCUUUAGGGACAAAACUGAAAGUCCUAGAAGUGGGGAUAAAUACUGGACUACCGACUCUUAGGGACGCAGGAUUACAUGAUACUAGUAGCCUAGAGGAUGUUCACAGGAGAAUGGAGAUAGACAUUUCAAACCUUAACGAUGGUCUUCAAGACUUACGUACAUCUCUUAAGAAAGUUAAGGACGGCAUGAAUCUUCUAAGGAAUGAUAAUGUGAAUCUUAAAAGAAUGAUUGUAGACGCAUCCAAAGGCAAGAAGUUAAAUGGUGGCAAAACAAAUGUUGCUGAACUCAUGGAUCGUACUUUAGGAGCAAUCCCUACAGAUUGCCAUGACCUUAAGGAACUCGGAUAUGACGUCAGUGGGGUGUAUCAAAUCAAGCCAGAUACUGCUUCUCAUCAAGAUGACAUAUACUGUCAAUUCAUUAACAAUACUGCAUACACCCUGAUACAGCGCCGGACAGACGGACUUAUCAAUUUUAACCGCAGGUGGAUAGAGUAUAAAUAUGGCUUCGGGAAUCUGUACGACGAACACUGGAUUGGGAACGAAGUGAUUCACCGCCUGACGCUACAGCAGAACUAUAUUCUGCGGAUUGACAUGUGGGACUGGGAGGGUAAACAGGCCUUUGCAGAGUACGAAGGAUUUCGACUUGACGGACAGGACCGCGACUUUACCUUACAUGUAGGAGAUUAUUACGGGAACGCCGGAGACUCUUUGAGCUAUCAUAACGGUAUCAAAUUCAGCACAGAGGAUGUCGAUAAUGAUUUGAACAUGCGUAAUUGUGCGGCUGAAAACAAGGCAGGUUGGUGGUUUAAUACGUGUUAUCUAAGUAACCUUAACGGUAUAUACCGUACGGGAUGGUAUUCUCAUUCUCAGUCCUCCUUCAGUGACGGUAUUGUCUGGUACACCCUCAAGGAGUCGGAAGACUACUCACUCCGGAAGGUCGAAAUGAAGAUUCGAAGAGCAACAUGAACGAGCAACAAUUGAAUAGAAUAGUCUCGUCUAUAGCCCACUAGCGGCUUGAUUCCAAGGACGUGCUUGGUGAUUACAAAAUCAUUGUCUGCACAGCAAGACAUAACAACCAUUGUACCUAUCUACAGAGAAUGUUUUAUUGUAGAUAAAUGUUUGUUUAUCGAAGGGUUCACUUCCACAUGUACAUAUCUGACUUUUCUCCUUUUAUUUCCUUUGUUAUGACAAUGUAAUAAACGUAUGGUUUGUAUUUUAAGCGUUGGCACUAGGUAAGGACAUGUGUUGGCUUUGAAUUGGCGGCAUAUUUACUGUACAAUUGCAGUGAAAUAAUACCUUUUGACUGACAACUAAGUAGAAAUAAGAUAGUGACAAAUACUACACAGAUCGGUCUAGAUGGGCCUAUAUAAAAAAAUCGAUUGCGUUUAACACAGCUUACAUAGCAUUCUGAAACUUUGUAUGGCGAGUAAAAUCUUUCUUGCUACUUUUGUAAAGCAAUACUAGGAAGUUAUAUUGAACAUUAGAUUAUGAUAAUUUUAUGUAAAGCUUAAAUGCUUCAUUUUGUAAUUAUUACAUUCCAUUCACUUUUACAAUGAUAUCUCCUUAUAGUCAAACUAACAAUCGACCUGAUUAUCAUUCAAGCUCCACAAAGCUGCUGUAUUUAACUGGUUUGCCUUUCAUUGUCUCUCAUUGUUUAACACGUCAUUGACAUGUAUAACAUUCAUCCAACAAUUAUAUGUAAUACUACAUAUCAGUUUGCUUGUAAAUAUUUAUCAUGUUUGUAAAAUUUUAGUGUUCAGAUAUGACUGUUCGAGACACUGAUGUGCUAAAUAUUAUAUUCCCCGAAAUUGAUCUUCGUUCGUUCGCUGUAAGUUUGAUCUUUUCCCUUCUUUUUUUCUGCUCAUUCAUCUUACUUACACAAUGUGACAUAAGUAAUCUAGAUCUUUACGCCAAACGAUAAUAUUAACUAGUUCCAUACUUUUUCAGAACUCAGAAAUAUUUCGUCCAAAUGACACCAUAAGUCAGGACAAAAACAAGCACUAAAGGAAUGUGUUUUGUGUUUGAUUUGAACGACAUCUCCUAGAAUACUUUCUCUUAUACACUUGGCCUUAUAUUGCGGACAGACAGAAUAUUUAUCCCUUUGUGGUGUAGACAGAGAUAUUAUUACCAGAGGGUAAGCUUUUGUCAAAAAUCAACAAAAACAUUCAAAAAUUCUGUCUCUGUCUUCUCCGAGCAAAUUAGAUGACGCUAGUUGUAAUGGUGAAACGGAUGCAAUACGCCAUUAUUGAUGGUACAUAAUAUAUGUGAUCAACGUGAUGCGAUACUUUUUGUGAGUGAUGAUGGUUUCAGAACAAAAACGCAUGUGAACUCUCUUUACAGCGACAGGAAAAAGACAGAUCUAUUUAAAAAAAAAGAAACGAUUGGAACUUUGAAGUUUACGGAAAUUCUCACGUUCUUGUUAAAAGGGAGUAUGAUAACAAAUCGUUAUCAACUUCAUUGGCAACAUUAGUGUAAACUAUUGACCAAGAGGACUCUAGAUGUAGACAUUUAGAAAAAAAAUUCUGCAAUGCUGCUUGUGGUAUAGUAUUGAUCUCUGAACCAUAGAUCUCAAAAUCUAAGAUGAAGUGUGUCAGCCAUGUUAUUGUCGAAUGCAAAUAAAUCCCCCAGUGCUUUCUGAGAAAUUACAUCAACAGACGUUCACUCUUGAAAUCCAUGUCACUCUGUCUGCUGUGUACCUUAGUUAAGGAUCAGUCCCUACAUUCAAAAUACACAGGAACGACCACGAGGAGUUAGACAAAGGAUUAUUCUACAGACAAGUUUGUAUAAAGAUGAGUUAUCUCCCUUUAUCAGAAAAAACCAAAAUGAUACCAAAAUACUUUUAUCAAUAAAACAAUAAGCCUAUUUUGAUGAGUGAAAGAAAACUGAGAGUUUUAUUUUUUAUCAUUGUCUCAAAAAGUCACAGAAUAAUCGUACGUCUUGCUGAAAAGAACUGAUUGGUUUGUUUUUCGGAAUAUCUGUUGUUUACUGAAUGAAACGACUGUUUUAUGAGGAGACAGAAAAUUAUAUUCAGAACAUGUAUUUUCUUUUAUUUAAGACCAGUGUCGGUUCUAAACAGCACAACGAUGUUGUACGAUAAUGCCUGGCGGGAUUGCCUGGGUAAUUUGUUUCCUGACAAAAGACAGAAAAUGAAAUGACUAGGGUUACAUACAAAUUAGGAAGAUACCAUUGCUCUCUGUUAUCUCUACAGCUACACGCCAAUCCUAUGUUGUCAGUGUUUGACAUCGCGGAAUUACUAUUUAACGAUAAAACAAAUGAAUAUGUUUACGGGAUUAAAAUAAUUCCAUAUUUAACGCAUAAACUCCGCAUUGUUCAAAAGCCUGAUGCUAAAGAAUUAUGAAUCUCGAAUGCACUAUUUCUAUUAGGGAAUAUUUUCUCUCCAUUUGACUUCUUGACAUUUUGUAUUAUUGGGUAUUCCUUGAGGGGUAAUUCUAUUAUUUAAUGACAUUUUGUUCUGUCUGGAAAAUAGCACAGCGCACCGAAUUAAUGAAUUAUGAGUUGUGGGUAUUACAGAGUGUCUGGGGGUAAACCAUUAACGUGAUGUGGUGUAAUGCAUAAUUUACCUUACGAUCCCAUAGUGUUUAAUGUGUAUUGGUGUGUGAAUAAAACGGAGUAGAAUGAUCAUACAUCUUAGAAAUGUGAUUAAAAUACAGUUUUUGUUCAAAUGACUGAUAUUGUCUAAAUUGUCUUGCAAUAUUUACGAGACAUUUCAUUUAUUUUAUUGGAAACUAUUGUUAUGUAAAAACAUAUUAAGGCUCUACAAUGGAUUAGAACUACAUAUCAGUCGUAAUAUAUUUUGCACGUAGUUGUACAUAUAAAUAUGUUGGGGAACGAUAAAACCGAGAUCUUUCUUUUCAAAAUAGUUUUAACACUUUGCUUAUUUUCACAUUUUUCUUUGUCUCUGUAUGAAUAGUUACUGAUAUCUCUCUUCUGAAAUAAAAACCAUAGUUA